UCACACUAGACUCCGUAUUGUCCACCACCACAUCAAUAUUCCUCUUGUACGGCAGUGCUACAUCCCGUGAAUUGCCGCUAACGGAUGCUCUCAACCGACGGCUAGGUCCGCUAUCCGGAACCAUAUCUGGGUAUACGGUGCGCGCUCACGCCUGGAUACAAUAGCUUCACCUCGACUAAGCCUAGCAUUGGCUUUAGUACCGGCGUGCCAACCAGCAUAGUGCCGUGCGGCCCCUUCACGCGGCCCCCAACGGAUAGCUGAGCCAGAUACUAGAUUGUCCUGUUAGUCCUGUAUCCACAACCAGGACGGCGAAUAGAUACGUAUGGCCAUGUCUGCUCGGCCGACGCCACGUAUAUAUGUGAUGCUUUCUGUCUUGAUUCACUUCAUUCUUCAGUACGACAUGGAUGUUAUUGAUAUUGGGCCGACAAUAAGAGGUCCCGGUGGCACGACACCUCUCAGGUCUCGAGGCAACGCAUUACGAUCUGCUCUCUUAGUUCCUUACAAGCAGUUGGUAGGCGCGAGUAUACAACGCCGUCCCAAGGCGGCGAGCCGGCAACCACAAGGUAUCAUCGUAGCAGACAUCUAACCUCGAGGAUGAAGGUGUGGCUUGGGCCUUAUCGUUACGUAGGUAUAGUUACGCGGCUUCGCGCUACCAAUACUUGUACCCGGGCAGAACGCCACGGCCGGAUUCCCUUCACGAUGAGCGCGCCGCCCCUCGUGAUUUCCACUAUGCCGCUUGGUUUGGCUGUUACAACCGGGACUCUCCGCC